AUAGCGGAGCGAAAUAAGAAGAAAUUCUAGUACUAUCUAGUAUCGAAAUGACAAGAUGGCACGUCAGCAGCAAAGCGAUGUCGAUGAAUUGUUCGACGUAAAAAAUCACUUUUAUAUCGGUAAUUAUCAACAAUGUAUCAACGAAACACAAAAAAUCAAACCCUCUUCUCCAGAGGUAGCAAUGGAACGCGAUGUAUUUUUAUAUCGUGCUUACAUAGCACAAAGGAAAUUCCGUAUUGUUUUAAAUGAAAUCAAUAAUUCAUCACCAUUAGAAUUACAACCAUUGAAAACUUUAGCGGAUUAUUUUGCAAAUCCGUCACGUAGAGAAGCAAUCGUUGCGGAAUUAGAUCAAGCAGCAAAUCACACUAAUUUAGACAAUCACAAUUUUAUGAUUGUUGCUGCUACUAUAUACUAUCACGAAAAGAAUUUAGAAUCUGCUUUACGAGUACUUCGUAAUGUGGAUCAUUUGGAAUGUUUAGCAUUAACAUUGCAAAUUUACUUGAAGAUGGAUCGGUUGGAUCUGGCUAGAAAAGAACUCAAAACGAUGCAAGAGAAAGAUGAUGAUGCUACGUUAACACAGCUUGCUCAAGCAUGGUUAAACAUAAGCAGUGGAGGGGACAAAUUACAGGAUGCUUAUUAUAUAUUUCAGGAAAUGAUUGAUAAGCAUUCCAGUACAAGUAUGUUGUUAAAUGGCCAAGCUACUUGUUUUAUUGGUCAAGCAAAAUACGAAGAAGCUGAAACAGCUUUGCAAGAAUCACUUGAUAAAGAUAGUAAUAAUCCUGACACCUUAAUCAAUAUGAUUGUCCUUUCACAACAUAUGGGAAAACCACCUGAAGUUGCAAAUCGUUAUUUAAGUCAAUUAAAGGAUUCUCAUUUGGAACAUCCAUUUGUUCAAGAAUAUUUGCAAAAAGAAAUUGAAUUUCAAAGACUUAGAAAACAAUAUUCAUCGUCUGCCUAAAUUGCAAUACAUUCAGACUUUGGCAUUCCAUGGAUCGAGUAAAAUACAAGUAUUAAUGAGAAUAUUGAGUCAGUUUUGAAUAGGGCAUACUACAGAAUGUAGACAAUAUUUAUGGGACAAAGUGUAUGAGAUUUUGUCACGAGGCUUGAUUGAAUGAUAGUAAAGCAGUUUGCUCUUAAGCAAGAAUAUUCUGUUUUUAUAUAAAUUUCUAUGACAUAAUCACAGAAAUAAACGUACAUGUUCAGAGAUUUUCCAAAA